AGAGGCAACAUGGCCUCAAGUCUUGGCUCUGACCAAGAACCGCAACUUGGAAAGCCCGUACAGGAACUUGCAGCAAUCAACGGCAGAGAACCACCGCCGAGAUACAUAAUCAGAGACGGUGACCACAACGAAACCAUCGAUGGCAAUCCUUCUCUCUCUUCUUCAAUCCCAACUGUCGAUCUCCAACUCCUAUCCUCUCCUUCAACACCUGCAAAUGAGAAAGAAGCAGAGAUGGAGAAGCUUGGAUCUGCACUCCGUUCUUGGGGCUUCUUCCAGGCAAUUGGACAUGGGAUUCCAAGCUCUCUCCUUGAUGAGUUGCGCAACGUUGCAAAAGGGUUCUUUGAUCUUCCGACGGAAGAGAAACUCAAGUACACUGGAAUUGAUGGCAGCAUUGACUCGUAUGGGACUGACAGUGUUGUUUCAGACGAUCAGGUUCUUAACUGGUCUGAUCGACUCUACCUCCUAGUCCGACCAGAAAACCAGAGGAAUUUCCGCUAUUGGCCCGACAAUCCUGUUCGCUUCAGAGAAAUCUUGCAUGAAUAUAGCAUGAAGACAAGUUUGGUAGCCCAGGCCACUAUCAAGGCGAUGGCAAGGGUGUUGGGUCUAGAAGAGAAUUACUUUGUGAACCAGCUUGGUGAUCAGUACAGAAUUUAUGCAAGGUUUAACUACUACCCUCCUUGUUCGAAGCCCGAUCUUGUUUAUGGGAUCAGACCUCAUACUGAUGGAGGCUUAAUUACUAUCGUCUUGCAAGACCCAGAAGUGGAAGGACUGCAAGUCCUAAAAGAUGGCCAAUGGAUCAAAGUUCCCAUCGUCCCUUAUGCUCUACUUAUCAAUGUAGCAGAUCAAACAGAGAUAAUGAGCAAUGGAAUAUUCAAGAGCUCAAUGCAUAGGGUGUUAACAAAUCCUGAUAGGGAAAGAAUCUCUUUGGCCAUGUUCUACCUACUAGAAAUUGUGAAAGAGAUCGAACCAGCAGAUGCGUUGAUCGAUGAGGUUAGGCCCAGGUUGUUCAGAAAGGUGAAGGUGAAAGACUAUGAAAAAGAAUUCAACCGUAGCUACUCACAAGGAAAGAGAGCAAUUAACUGGGCCAAAGUUUAAUUUCAGAAACCUCAUCCCUGUUCUUCUA